GAAGAAGAAGAUGAUGAUGAUGAAUAUGAAAACACGAUAGAGGAUAGCAUGUUAAUGAACCAAAAGGCAGUUGAAUCAAUAAAAAGGCAUAAGCGUGUUUGGUGUGUUCAUACCUGUACUCAUUCAAGUUUUCAGCAAAAGAGAGUUUCAUGGCAUAUUGGAAUUAUACCUAAAGCUUAAAUAUUCCCCUUUUUCUUUCUUUCCUUUUUUACCCUUACCCCCCUCUCUCCCCUUUUUACUACUGCACCUAUAUUCCCACUCAUCUACACUCUCCAAUAUAUAUUUAUAAACAAAUAUGCAUUUUUUAAUUCUUUUUCAUAUUUCAUCUUUGGACCUGGUUCUUUUUUUUUCCCUUUUAAAAUUAUAUAUAUAAAAAUGGCAACCAUCGCACAUUUAAUGUUAUCACUGGUCGUUCAAAGUAAUAAUAUUCAUAUGCAAUACCAGACAUUCCAUGACUUGUACAAGGAAGCCAAAAGCAUGUGGAAUCAACAAAACUAUGUUCAAUCCUAUCGUCUAUUCUAUUAUCUGGAAAAGAGUUUUCAAUAUCAACCCAUUAACUGUGCUUGGUAUCAAAUUCACUGCUUGAUCCGUUUGGGUUAUUGGAGACAUGCUGUCAAUCGUUGUUUUGCUCAAACUAAACGCUACCCUACACAACCCCAAUGGUACCUUUUGUUAUCCGAUAUUUAUUUUAAUCAGCAUAAUUAUCGGCUAGCCCAUGAUAUACUCUCAGAGGCAUCUCUUGCCGUCUCUGAUCUAAACGAAAGUUACGCCGAGAUUGAAUUCCAAAAGAAGGUUGCUUAUGAAGCAAAUUAUCGGCAACAUCAGCCGUCGUUGGCCAAUAAUUAUGUACUGCAUCCCCGUCUAUCUUAUGACAUACUAUUUCAUAUAUUUGAUUAUUUGGACUUGAAAAGUCUAGUACGGUCAACAGGUGUAUGCAAGGUAUGGAGACAGUUUCUGAUUUCGACUUGCCCACAUCUUUGGAGCAAGCUUGAAUUUACAGACAACAAGACGAGAUACAUUGGCUCAAGCACAAUCAAUUCCUUACUUGAUCGGCUCGGUAGUGUGUCCCUAAAGAAACUAUCGAUAAAUCAACAACAGGCAGAUGGUGAUGGUAUCCUAUUAACCUUACUACAGCGUGCUGAUCAUUGUCGAAACCUGAACACUCUCGUGUUGUCAAAUAUUCUUGUCUCAACCGUGGUAUUUUUUAAUGCCCUAGAAUAUAUUGGUCCCAAGUUAGUAACACUUGAGUGGGGAGGUGUGUCUCUAUGGUUAAACGAACUGAUGGAUCAUAUUCCAAGAACAUGUACCCAACUUAAGCAUCUUUUAAUUCAUGAUUGCUUUGCUUCUCUUUACCCCAAGGAGAAUGUGACUACGAGUUUUGUCCUAAGCUCUUUAGAGACCCUGCAGCUAUCAAACAUUCACGGACUAAAACCUGUCUAUCUGGCACAGACCUUGUCACACUGUCCAAAUCUAUUAGGUCUAACAUUAAAUAAGAGUGGAAUAGGCAUCACGGCUGUCCUAGACAUCAUAAAGACAAUCCCACUUGAAAAAUUAAACAAAUUUCAUUUUGAGCGAAACAUAUUUUCACAUGUGGAAGCACAGAAAAUGACCACAGAUGACAAUCACCUUUUGUCUAAACUAACCAACUGGAAAGAAUUACGCAUACAGUCAGACUCUGGGCUGGAGGAUUCGGAUCUAGAGUAUAUGCUCACUGGAGCUCAUCACACUCUAGUCACGCUCGAUUUACGUGGAUGUAUGCGUAUUUCAGAUAAUGGACUAUUACUUUAUCAACACUAUACACAAUUAAAGACACUCUGUCUAAGAGAAUGCUUUGGAAUUACAUCAGAUGGUAUCCUCACUAUUCUUUCACAUUGCCCUUUGCUUGAAAAGGUGGAUCUAUCGCAUCUCUCUACCAUUACAGACGACAUAUUGAUAGAACUAAGUAACAAAAAGUGCUUGAAAUACGUAGACUUGACAAAUUGCAAGCAGUUAUUUAAAGAAGAUAGCAUUAAAAUAUUAGUAAAAAGGAGAAAGCAUACACUACAAAAGAUCAAGUUCACUCAUUGCUCACUGGCUCUGCUCUAUUUUACAAUCACUUCAAUAAAAUCAGAUAUUAUUUAAACACCGACA